GCGACCCGUCCUCUGCGCUGGGCAGCUUCUUCCGACGCUGGUUCUCAAGCUGGUAGCUGUGCCCAGCCUGGCUGAGCACCCCAUGGAUCAGAUCCUGCUGGGAGCUGGUCUCUGGGGGCUGCCCAUCUUCUGCAGAAGGACCCCUUGGGGGGCUGAGUGUGUGUGUGCAUGUGUGUACAGAGAAAUAAAGUCUAUUUAUGCUAAUGGUGACCUGCCAGGCUCCUUCAGGCCAGAACCUGCCCGAUGCAGAGCCAGGAACCCACCAGGUGGCUCCUGGGUGCAGGCAGUGAUGGGCUGCUUUGUGCUGAUCCCUGCCCACCAUGUCUGGUCUCCUGUGCUCCUCUCAAGGGACCAGGCCAGGACCCACUCCAAGGCUUCUUCAUUACCUUCAUUAGCGCUGCCUGUGAGCAGGGAUCCGGCAGGGAAAAGCAGAGCUCCCUGGAGCACACCCGCCUGUGCUGGCUCAGCAGAGCCUGGGGACCUGCGGGGGCUCUGCUCCUACCGAGGCCACACUGCUGUCCCCAGCCCCACGCAGGACUCUGGUCCCUGUGAGGCGUCUCCCUGUGCUGUGGCUCCGAUUGGUGUAAAGUCUGCACGUUAUCACCCAGCACCAGGGCUCAUAAAACCUGGCUGGGAGAGAGCCCGGCAUCACCGCUGCCGCUGCCUGCUCCUGGCCAGCCCCAUGGGCACCACUUCCUUCUUGGCAAGCGCCCGGGCUCUGCUCCACAUCCAGAACCAGCUGGUGCGGGAGUGCCUGGCUGAGAUGCUGGCCGUCCUCGUGCUCAUUCUCAUCACCCUGAGUGGCUCAGCACAGAUGGUCACCAGCUCCGAGUCCAAGGGGAGCAUCCUCACUGCCUACCUGGCAGGCGCCCUGGCCGUCAUGGUGUCCAUCUAUAUAGCAGGGGGAGUCUCUGGGGCCCACCUGAACCCAGCGUUCUCCCUCGCCAUGUGUCUCCUGGAGCAGUUUCCCUGGUGGAAGUUGCCCAUCUUUGUGGCUGUGCAGACCUUGGCAGCGUUCAUCUCUGCUGGAGCUGUCUACGCUGUCUACUAUGAUGCCAUCCAUCACUACAGCAACGGGACCCUCACUGCCUCCGGCCCCCGGGAAACCGCCUCCAUCUUUGCCACCUACCCCGCUGACUACCUGUCCCUCUCCAAUGGCUUCUUGGACCAGGUGGUGGCCACGGCGCUGCUGAUAGUGGGCAUCCUGGCCAUGCUGGACACCCACAACAAAAGUGUCCCCAAGGGCCUGGAGCCGGUGGCAGUGGCCCUGCUGGUGUUCUCCCUCGAGGUCUCCCUGGGCUCCAACUGCAGCUGCCCCAUGAACCCCGCACGGGAUUUUGGGCCCCGACUCUUCACCUAUGUGGCAGGUUGGGGCACAGAGGUAUUCAGCAGGGGCAAUGGGUGGUGGUGGGUGCCGGUGGUGGCACCAAUGCUGGGCGCCGCCGUGGGCUCAGCCCUGUACCAGCUCCUCGUGGCGUUUCACCACCCGCUCUCGGAGGGCGCCGCCGCAGCCGAGCAGAGCCCCCCGGUCCCCAGCAGCGCCGCCGUCCCCACGGACCCCAAGACCUCACCGGCAGAGAAGGACACCAGGAGGCCGCUGUCCCAGAAGUGA